UAGUCUCAUAAAUACUCUAUUACUUUAUGUCCUACUUAUUUCUCUACUCCAUAUUAUUAAUUUCUUGCAAUCAAAAGUUGAUCUAGUUUAAAGUAAAAUAUAGCUAUGAGACAAAUAAUCAGGGGUAGAGGGAGUAUUAAUAACCUAUCAACCCAAUUCAAUAAUAAAAUGUUCACCAAUAAUACCAUCACCAUUAAUUGAAAGCAUAACAGAAAAUCAACCAAAUCCAAUACAAUAGUAGUAAGCAUCUCUCCCAACUACACUUGCAAAAAAAUUUCAUCAUCUUUAAGCAAAAACGAACCCCCAACAAACUUUCUUUCUUUCGUUCUUUCUCUCUCUAAACUAAGCUAGUCUUUGUUCCUUCUUCUCUACUUGAUCCCCAACACCAAACCAAGAAAAUCCCAUUUCACCCAACUCCUAAAUAAUCGCUUCCUAAUUUAAAAAAAAAUGGUGGAUUUUAACAUACCCAUCAAAGGAAGAAAAGGUUUCUAUGUUAGGAUGAAAUUUUCACACUCAAAUCACAAACAUGGUAGAAACAAAGAAAUCAUCAAUAAUCAUAAUUUCAAAAGAAACUCUAUAAUCUUUUACAGAGCAAUUAAAUGGUUUGUUUGGUUGUUUAUUUCAUUCUAUUUGUUCAUCUCUUUCCCUCCUUUACGAAACCAUUAUUCACCUUCUCCCUCGCUUUCGUCGUCAUCACCAUUGUCGUCCUCCUCCUCCUCCUCGCUUGCUAAGCCUCGCGCUCUCGCCGAGACACAGGACACGGGUUCUUCCUUUGCGGAUGCUGAUGAUGUCAAGAUUUAUGUUUACGAAUUGCCAGCUAAAUACAACCAAUAUUGGGUUCAAAACAACGAACGAUGCACCAAACAUUUGUUCGCAUCUGAAGUUGCUAUUCAUAGAGCUUUAUUAGAAAGUAAUGUUCGAACAUUUGACCCAAAUCAAGCGGAUUUCUUCUUUGUUCCUGUCUAUGUUUCUUGUAAUUUCAGCACAAUUAAUGGCUUCCCUGCUAUUGGACACGCUCGCUCCCUCAUUUCCUCUGCCGUUACUCACGUCUCCUCCGCCUUCCCCUUCUGGAACCGAAGCCGUGGAGCCGACCAUAUCUUCGUCGCUUCCCACGACUUCGGCGCCUGUUUUCAUACCAUGGAAAAUGUGGCAAUUGAAGAUGGUAUAAUGAAAGAAUUAAGAGGUUCGAUAAUUUUACAAACUUUCGGGGUGAAAUACAAACACCCGUGUCAAGCGGCGGAGAGUGUGGUGGUGCCGCCGUACAUACCGCCGGGAAGUGUACGUGCGACGGCCGAAAGGUGGCCGUUGGAUGGUCGUCGUGAUAUUUUUGCAUUUUUCAGGGGUAAAAUGGAGGUCAAUCCUAAGAAUGUCAGCGGCCGCUUUUACAGCAAGGCUGUAAGGACCCACAUUUGGCGGAAUUUCAACAAUAACCGGAGGUUUUACCUAAAGAGACAUAGGUACGCCGGUUACCAGUCAGAAAUCGCCCGGUCCGUGUUUUGUUUAUGUCCCCUAGGGUGGGCUCCGUGGAGUCCACGCCUGGUCGAAUCGGUUGCACUUGGGUGCGUACCCGUGAUCAUAGCGGAUGGCAUUAAGUUGCCAUUCGAAGACGUCGUGCCUUGGGCCAACAUAUCCUUGACCGUGGCGGAGCGCGACGUCGCAAAGCUAGGUUCAAUCCUCGAUCACGUGUCCCGGACCAACCUCACGGCCAUCCAAAGAAACCUGUGGGACCCAAAUGUGAGUAGGGCCCUCCUUUUCAACGAUCGGAUCGAAAAAGGGGAUGCCACGUGGCAGGUUCUUCGCACUCUUAGUACAAAGAUGGCCCACCAUAGGACGAGGGUUUCUGACCAAUAAGGACAGGACACGUGGGAGAAAGUCAUUGGUGGGGUCAGGUUUGCCAGCUUGGAAUUUCGAGAUUUAAUUUGGGUAUUUGCAUGAGAAAUUUGAUAAUGGAAGCCAGUUGGAGUGUUUUUCUAGGGAGUUGUGACAAGCUGUGAACACUGUUUUUUACUACACCCCAUUAUUUUUUCUGACACAAGAAAGAUAAGAUUGGGUGACACAAUAUUAUUUUGGUGACGUGGCGGAUUCUGGUUGGAUGUGGAAGACGGUUCAUGUGAUGAAAGAGAAAAAAAUUCAAUUUUUAAAUUUUUUAGAUUUUUUUGAAAAAAUACAAUUUUUUUUAAUUUUUGGAGUUUAUACUUUUUAUACAGAGGAAUUAUUAUUGUAUAGAUGUAAUGUCAGAAACGAGCCUGUAAAAAUUAGGGAAUAUACAAUGUACAGUUGAAUACUUGAAUAUUGAUAAAUUUUGAGAAGAGAGUGACAUAAUUAAA